AUGUCAUUCAUAGUUACUCAAUUUAGUAGUCCAUACAUACCACUCGCAGCAAGGCAAGAGGCUCUUGACCGAGCAUUCGCAGAUCCUGGAAUUCCAGAUGCGAUUCAUACAACGAAAUCAUUUUGGAUGAAAGAGCCACAUCCCGAGGUUGCAAGUGUACAGUCAGAACAUCUCCCAGAAAUCGCGAAUUACGUCAUCAUUGGUUCGGGUAUUACAGGAGCUUCAGUAGCACAAGCUUUGUUAGAGGGCCUCGAGGAGGCUAGUCCAUCAGAAACCCAAUCUUUACCUCAGCCGAAAGUCAUCAUGCUAGAAGCUCGAGACAGUUGUAGUGGUGCCACGGGAAGAAACGGUGGGCACAUUUUGGAAACUGGCGAGGAAUAUGCUAUGCUCAAAGAACGUUUGGGUAAAGAUGAAGCUAUUAAAAUUCAUAAAUUGCGAAUUUCCCACCUUGAAGCAUUGAUCAAAAGUGCCGACCAUUUGGGACUGACUGAAGAAUCACAAGUUCGUAAAGUGCGAUUCUUGAGAUGGGGUUUCAUUGAAGCUGAUGAAUUGGCGAAGGAGUUCGGGAUACCAAAUGCUGCUGGAGCAGUGACAGGUAUUGCAGGUGCAAUGUGGCCCUACAAAUUUGUCACAGGCCUUCUAGCACACCUACGAAAACAAUUCCCAUCAAACUUCCUCCUUGAAACAAACACUAGCGUUUCCCAAAUCCAUCGAGGCGAACACUAUUUGGAAGUCACCACACCCCGGGGAACAAUAAAAUCCAAACACGUAAUCCACUGCACCAACUCUCACAUCGGACACCUCGUCCCGGGCAUAAAAGGCUGCAUCUUCUCCAUUGUCGGACAAAUGUCCGCCCAACCACCCGGAGACAAAUUCAAACACCAAAGCGACCACUCCUGGAUCUUCAACUAUGCCCAUGGUUUCGACUACCUAACACAACUUCCCAUCAGCGCAUCAUCUAACGGAGAAAUGAUGAUGGGAGGCGGCUACGCACAAACGCAAAAUGGCGGAAUCCACGAAGCUGGCAUUAGUAAAGAUUCCGAAUUAAACAUGUACGCUAAUAUCCACCUGCGCGGUGUUCUAGGCGCCGUCUUCGCACCUGAGAAUUGGGGUGCGCUUCAUGUGCCACCGGUGAAGUCAAUGUGGACGGGUAAUAUGGGAUUUAGCACCGAUGGAUUACCAUGGGUAGGAGCACUCCCCUCGUCUGUGACAGAUAGGAAAAUCACAACUACACGGAGCAGUUAUGAAGGAGCUGAAUGGGCGGCAGCGGCUUUUUCAGGUGAGGGUAUGGUUCAUGCUUGGUUAUGUGGGAAGGCGUUGGCGGAGAUGAUUCUUACGUUUGAUGUUGGGAGGGAGGGGGUUGUGAUUCCGGAGUGGUUUCCGCAGGCGAUGGUUAUUUCUGAGGAGCGCCUGGCGAAGGCGAGGUUGGAGAGGUAUGCAAAGGAUUGUGUUGUGGUAUGA